UCGUAGCAUCGUGUAGCGCUGGCUUAAGGACAUUGAUCGAUCAAUCAAUUAAUCGGACACCACUAUUUACAAGAAAAAAAUAUCUGGCGCUGCUGGCCACUGUUGAUUGUCUAAAUUUUUAUGUUGCUCGCAGUGCAGGUGUUGUAGCAUGUGCAUCCUAUAAAUAUUGAGACCCUCGUGAAUAUUGUAAUAACUUGUGAAAAACAAAUGUGGCCGACAAUGGCAUCGCUUCAUUCUGCUUGUUCAAAUGAAAACGUGCCUACAUUGCCGAUAACUGCGGAGGAAGGUUGUGAUCUGGUAGCAGAGUUUGUAGCAAAUGAUCAUCGAUUUCAGAUGGGAAUACAACAUCCAAAUCCUUAUGCUGGGUUCAGUCCGUAUACUGGAAUUGAUUGGCUUUAUCCAAUCGAUUGCUCUACGCCAGAUUAUUUGCCACUAAUCGCUGAAAGAGUGUUUUAUCACAAUUCGUUAAUAAUUCUUCCGACCAAAUUCGAAAAAUCCUUCAUAACCGCUGUAUUGAUGCAUAACGUGUAUCGCUGGUAUCCGUUGGGAAAAAUUGUUUACAUAACCUCAAAGCGCAAACUAGUGGAAGGGCAGCAAAGGGCAUGUCAACAAUUCAUGAAAUUUAAUUUGAUGGAUGUAGCAGAAAUGAAUAUGAGGGCAAAAGAUCGAAUUUAUUUUUGGAUGGCGAAACGAGUGUUUUUUAUAACUACGCAAAUGAUGCUCACCGAUUUGGGAAAAUUGUCCGAGAUAUUGAAUAAAAUCAAGCUGGUCGUUAUUGAUGAGCCACAAACUGAUAAUACCUACCAUACCAAAAUCAUUCAGAAAAUAGCGGAACAUAAUAAAAAUUUCCGUAUCAUGUGUGUCUGCUUGACUUCAAGUAAAUCGAUUGAUACUAGUCUGCUGAAGGAAUGGCUCAUUACAAACAUUGAGUUACAAUGGGCCAACCCGUAUGGAACAACUGACAAAUGGUUGAUGAACAAAAAGGAAAUAAGCUGUAUCAGCACUCCGUCAGGACCUACUCUUACGGCGCUUCUAGUAGAGCUGGCAGCUAUUUCGCAAUGUUAUAUCAAGGAUUUACGUCUAUCGAAAUCGCUUUCCAAUUUAUCGUUCGAGAAUAUAACCAUCGCACGCAUCCGACAAGAACGCGAAAUAUAUGAGCAAUCAGUCCUCGCAGGAACUUUACGGCCAGAUCAUUACAAUAUUAUGCAAAACUUUCAUUUGGCGGAAAAAAUGGUUCAAGCCUAUCGCAUCCUAGAGCGUGACGGUAUUGUGGCUCUUCUCGAGCAUCAUGAACGGUCCAAUGAUAUUUAUAUUCAGACCAUUCAGAAGUUUAGCGAGUUCAUGAAUAAACUCAAACAGGGCAUUUAUACUAUACCGCACCCAAAGUUUCAAACAUUAGACAAUUUUUUAUGCGAAUUUACGCAGAAAAGCCAACAUGCACGGAUCCUGAUAGUGGUGGAAAAGCUGGAUGCUGCAUUGAUUAUUCAUGGAAACUUGAGGAAAUUUCCAAGUGUUUCGCAUAGAGUACUAAUCGAUUCCGAUUACUCGCAUUACGUUGAAAUGUUCCGCAGUGGAACCGUUAAUAUUUUGAUCGUCCCGGUUGAAGUUGAACCGGCAAUCGAUGUUGGCGAAACGGAUCUUAUCGUUUUGUUCAGUAUGACGGAUCAACCAAGGGAUUUUCUGGCGCGUAUUGCACGCACAAGGGGCGCAACCCCAGGGGCUAUCAUAAUUCUGACCACCGCAGGAUCGGAGGAACAGGAAAUUAACGAGAUAAUCAACACACGCCAUAUGCAUUACUUGGAGAAUCGAAAUAUUAUUCCUAUCGGCGUGGAUUUGUCAGGACUUAUGGGGCAGACAUUUCCAUCUUUGAUUCCUCCUGGUUUCCAACCAAAAGGAAAGCAUAUCGUUUUCAAUGAUCCGCUGGUUCAGUUUGAGAUCUCUAAUAAGCGUUUAUCUGCUAAAGAUGUACUGCCGCAGGCUGGUGGGAAGCGAAGAUUUAUUGACGUAUUAUCGGACAGGCCCAGUAUGCUUGACGUAGUAAAUGGACAGAUGUACCACGAGGUUGUACAAAUCGACCUCAUGGAGGUACGCGUAAGUGCUCAAAUCGACGAAGUCAAAAGAGAGAAUUCAACAUUGUUGUAUCAGUGAGCGUUAUUCUUUUUGUUAAAAUAGUUUUUUGUUUUAUUUUAUAUCCUUAUGACAUGUUUUUCAUGAUAUUUUUAACGCCUUCCAGGUGUUUGAAGGUACACUGAAUAUGUAGUAUUUUGUUUGUGACGAUUGAGUCACAAAUCGAUAAAUGGUUUUGUUAUUGUAAGGUUUGUUCAAUUAAUGCUAAUACAUUUGCAAGUAUUUUGAUAUUUAA